AUGGUACCAAAGCGACAAUAUGUUGAAGUCCUGACAGUGCGUUUUGCCUUCGAAAUCAUCUUUCUGCGACCGUUCCGGCGACACCAUCGCCAACGUCGUUGCUACAGGUCGCAAAGCCUCCUCAAGGACUGGUUCUACUGGGUCAAAUUCCAUCUCCAGGAUGUGCGAAAGUCGCAGAACUACCACGAUCAUCUCCGCUCGAAUCCACUUGCCCGAAGCAAUCGAAUUCUUAUCCUCCACCAAUACGAGAGCCCACCUUUGAGCGUGUCUCAAUACCUUCCUAUUCUUUCUUCUUCUGCGGAUAUCCAUUCUACACAAGAGCACCUCAAUCAAUUCCCCUGGGCUCUUCGGACAGCUUUGAAGACUUUGAAGCGACAGGGAGCAUAGCCUGCUGCUGCCUCUCGCACUUUCAAUGACUCUAUACCAAACUGUCAGAAUACUGUGGGUCAUAUCCAAGGCGACUACAUCAUACUUUUGCUGGCGACGGGACGUGGCUAUUGUCUUUGACGCCGCGGGGUUAGUCUCCUCAAGGCAUCGCUGGGACAUUAGAUUGGAAGAAGAUGCACAUCAAAGCGACGAACGCCAGAGAGCCCGAAAGGUAGCUUCGAGUCAUGAAGUAUGACUUCGAGCUGGGUUGUGUCUCUACAAGACCUGGUGUCCAGCUAGCUUCGCGGUGGCCAGGGAUUUGGUCACUGGGAGCCAGCUCUACUUCCCGGGAUGGCGGAGCAUGGAUACAAUUUGAAGAUCUCAUUUGAGACAUAUCAACCAAUGGAUAAUCAAGUCUUCAAGACUCGGCUCUACCUUUCCCAUAAAUUUGGGACUGCAAUUCAAGAUUCUUUGACUUCAGUGUGAAGUGGGAUGCGACUCAAUUUUAGCCUCUCAUUGGCAUCAGCAAUCGUUGUCUACUAGUUUCCGUUAUUUAGUUGCUGUGAUUGAAAUACUGUGCUAGUUGAGCUAUCUUUUGCCAUCUUACAGCCCUCCAGAAGGAAAUGCAGGGACCGGUUUGUCCUGGGAGGUGGCACUCUUAUAUGACUUUUGUAUAUGCUUAGAGGUGUAUCCACAACUAUCCCCAUUCACUAAUAUAAUCUCAUGACUUCAUUCACUAUAUAUCAAUUAUCAAACUCAAAUCUAUAGGCACCUCUUGCCCUGUGAACAUCAACUCCAGUCAAGCCAAACUGAGGGUGGGAUGAUCAAGUUCGAAAAAAGUCCUACCAGUCCGUUCUUCAAUCAACCUCCAAUGGGAAACAUCACUCCUACCACGUCUCAAACAGCCCUAUCCUUGCCAGCCCCGAAUCCUCCAAGACUAUACCAAAGUUUAUCAACGGCCAAGUCCCAAGCAGGCUUCCAACGUCUCCCCUAUUUCCAGCUCAUGGAGCUAGCGGCAUAGCCGAAUUUAAGCGGGGUGAGGACGCGACCCAAAAAGCGGCCACUUCUGCGACCAAGUCAGAG